CUCCUCCCCUCUCUAGUCGGGCCCACCCCUCGGGUCUAGUACCGCCUCUUCCGCGUUCUCGGAGCGACCUGCAGGUGGGUGCGCGCGACCGGUCCCGCGGCUGAGAUUUUCCUGAAGCCAGAGGAAGCAAAAGCCAGUCAGGAAGUGAAGAAUGCCUGCUACCUCCAGAGACUGUUGAAACAUUUCCUGUAGCUGGAAGACAGCAGCCCUCCGACAGGAGCAUUAUUUCAUUAUUUCAUUUCAGUUUACAGAGGAUUUACUUCUCAGAAGUUGGGCAAGCUCCACCUCCACCAGUACACGGAUGGUAGACCACCGAGCCCUGACCAAGGGGAAGUUUCAAAAACAACUCUCCUUCAACAAGUUCUGUUUCCAAGGAAGGUCUUAACCAUUUGUCCCUUCUGGCGUACCCUCUUCCAUUGAAAUCCAUGCAGAAUAGACCAGAGAUGGGCAGCAGUGAACCCCUUCCCAUUGCAGAGGGUGACAAGAGGAAAAAGAAGAAGCGGAAGGCCCGGGCCACUGACUCCUUACCAGGGAAGUUUGAAGAUAUGUACAAGCUGACCUCUGAAUUGCUUGGAGAAGGAGCUUAUGCCAAAGUUCAAGGUGCUGUGAGCCUGCAGAAUGGCAAAGAGUAUGCGGUCAAAAUCAUCGAAAAACAAGCAGGGCACAGCCGGAGUCGGGUAUUUCGAGAGGUGGAGACGCUCUAUCAGUGUCAAGGAAACAAGAACAUUUUGGAGCUGAUUGAGUUCUUUGAAGACGACACAAGGUUUUACUUGGUCUUUGAGAAACUGCAAGGAGGCUCCAUCCUGGCCCAUAUCCAGAAGCAGAAGCACUUCAAUGAGCGAGAAGCCAGCCGAGUGGUGCGGGAUGUGGCCGCUGCCCUUGACUUCCUGCACACCAAAGGUGAACCAAGCCUUUGUCUUGGUGAUUGGGUUGGAACGGCCAGCCUCGGGACUGAUGGAGAGGGGCAGGCCAGGCAGAGAUCCAGGCCAGGAGCUGGUGUACUUGGCAGCCCCACCCAUGAGGGCAUCGCUCACCGCGAUCUGAAGCCAGAAAAUAUAUUGUGUGAGUCUCCAGAAAAGGUGUCUCCAGUGAAAAUCUGUGACUUUGACUUGGGCAGCGGGGUGAAAUUGAACAACUCCUGCACCCCCAUAACCACACCAGAGCUGACCACUCCAUGUGGUUCUGCAGAGUACAUGGCCCCGGAGGUGGUGGAGGUCUUCAGGGAUGAGGCCACCUUUUAUGACAAGCGCUGUGACCUGUGGAGCCUGGGCGUGGUCCUCUACAUCAUGCUGAGCGGCUACCCUCCCUUCGUAGGUCACUGUGGGACCGAUUGUGGCUGGGACCGGGGAGAGGUCUGCAGGGUGUGCCAGAACAAGCUGUUCGAGAGCAUCCAGGAAGGCAAGUAUGAGUUUCCUGACAAGGACUGGGCACACAUCUCCAGCGAGGCCAAAGACCUCAUCUCUAAGCUCCUGGUUCGAGAUGCAAAGCAGAGACUGAGUGCUGCCCAAGUUCUGCAGCACCCCUGGGUGCAGGGGCAAGCUCCAGAAAGGGGACUCCCCACGCCGCAAGUCCUCCAGAGAGUCUUCAAGGAAAAAGCUCCAUCCAAAGGGGUUGUCUUUGAAAAGGAAAGCAAUCACUUGUCACUUUGCAUAAUUGCCUGCGGCAGGAACAUCUCUCCGCUGGGCUCCUGUCCACCUGCUCACCCGCCUGCAGAUCCAGGAUCCUGCCUGCUCUCCCGGCUGCGGCCAGUGGCGGCAGCGGCUGGGGCUGUGGCCCUCAGGGAGCCAGCCUUGAAAAGUGGCGGUUGACAGAGGCUCGUUCCUCUCUCUGCACUGUCACCCCCCACACACCCCUUCCUCUGUCCUCCGGAUGUCCUCCCCUGGGCUGAGCAAAGCCAUCCACUCAAUUCCGGAAAGGGCAGGGAGCCUUCUGCAUUCAGAAGGCCAGAUCAGUCUUCCAGUCUGUAGCGCAGGAGAAGCACAGAUCUUUGCAGGGACCGAAAAGUGUCCCUCAUUCAUCAUCCUCUUCCUUGUUGGGAUUGCUGCUGAAGUCCGUAUUAAUUCGUUUAAAAAAAAAAAAAUAAAUAAUGUUUGUUCUUUUAACCAUGCACUUCCAGCAACUGUGGGACUUCACACUCCCACGGCAAGCCGGUGGAUUUUCCAGAACAUGUCAUGGCUUGCUCUUCCUUGAAUGACCACGCAUGUGAGAGGUUUUAUUCCGCUGUUUCCUAUUAUUCUAACUGGUUUUAAGCUGUUAAGGUGACCAGUGACUCAGAGGCUGGGUCUGCUGGAAGGCAGCACCAGUGCAGGGCAAUUAGAAGGGACUCCGUGCCUGAUGGGGGCCCAGACCGCGGGCAUCCCUGGGUCUGAGCCAAGUGCCACCUAGAGCUAGAGAGCCUGAAGGCGCAUCUGGCCUCCAGGAAGCUGAGUGCCCAGCUGCCUAGAGAACAUGGAUCUGUAUAAGUCAGACAGACACUUACACGACAGUGCUAUUACACGAUGUGCUUGUUUUAAUAAAACUGUUUUAAAUUCUA